AGAAAGGAGGAGGGAGGAGAGACGGAGAGUUAUUUUCGUUGCAGCUAUUCCACAACUCGACAAGAGCGCACUGAGAUAAAAACAAGAGCAGGAGAUUCGGAGAAGAUAAUCUAUUUCAAAUGUGAUUGAUACAGAGAAAGAGAGACGCCGAUUAAGAGAGCGAAGGAAUAGUGGUACUAAUAAUUCCAGCACUGGAAUUAGCUUGAGGAAUACUUAGUAGCCUAUUAUUUAUUUUUUCAACUGCGCCUCUAAGAGAGGCUAAAAGAAAGAGUAGGGAGACAGACAGGAGAAAACAGACGCUUCCUAAACUAAGUAUUUUUAGUCCAAGGAAAAUACAAUUAAAGCCAAGACUGAGAGAUAACAGUUUAUGUUAAAGACCGUGAGGAGAGAAACGAAGUGACAAGAAACGAAGGGAGAGAGAGUUAAAUAUAGAAUAACCGUUAAUAGAAAGGAAGGCUCACACUACGCGAUUUGAAUAAAGGAGAGAUGUUCGGCAUGAUCAAGAAUUCGCUGUUCGGGGGCACCGAGGUGACAGAGUACAAACUGCUAAGCAGCGAAACCAAGGAGGGCAUCAAUUAUGAAGUGCGGCGGUACGACAGCGCACGCUAUGCCUCCGUUUGCACCGAGGGGCGGAGUUUUGACCAGGCGGCCAGCGAGAGUGUGAGGAAACUUCUGAUGUAUACAGGGGGCAGCAACGAUCGAGGAGUGGGGAUGGGAAUGACAGCACCGGUCGCCAUUACGGUCUUCACCAAAGACGACGGGGCGAUGUCCCGCCGAUUCGUCAUCGGCCUUCGCAUCCCCUCCAGUUACCAGGACAACCCUCCCACCCCCACCGAUGGCUCAGUCAAGAUCGAGGACCGGCCGGGCAUGACUGUGUACGCUCUGCAGUUUGGAGGGUUCGCAGGGGAGUACGAGUUCCGAAUAGAGGCUUCCCGCCUGACCCGAAUCCUGGGCGAGACCGCCCCCUAUCAGCGCAAGCGGUACUUCUGCUGCAGCUAUGACCCACCAAUCAAGCCCUACGGCCGGCGCAACGAGGUGUGGUUCAUACAAGAGGAACCGUGAGGAGGAAACGGGGUGCUAGGUGAGGUUGGGGGGGGGGUGAGAGUGAAGGGGAUGGGGUAUAUAGAAUUACUGACCUGAUGUUGUACAUUAACAUUACAUUGCAAGGGAGGGAGUUGUCACACACACAUACACAAGGACAGUCAGACACACACACACACACACACACACACACACACACACAUACAGGUACCGGACACUCAUAAAUGCGGGCCAGAGAGUACAAGCAGUGACCGAAGGAAUAAUAUGGACCAGCCCAGCACGCUGACUCAGAUGUCAUAGGUAGUUCCACACUGCACCACCCCACAGCAUUUAUCUGAUCGUUCCACCAUCCCAUUACCACACAUAGGCUACAUGCUAAAUAAGACAAUCAAAGGAACUAAUUUGAUCUGAACACGAUAGGUUAAUAAUAAGGAAUAAAGUAUAAUAUAUUCUCCUACAGAGGGACAAGUUAAUGAGUUAUGAAGAGGUACUGAUGCACAGAAAGUUUAGUUUAACCCAAGUAUUUGUCCCAAAUAUUAUAGAAGUCUGGUUCUCUUAUUAACGAUAACAGACAACUUACAAGGCAGUGGUCAUGUGCAGUGACUGUAUUGGUGUGCUUGUGUAAUUGACAUUAUUAGUAUAAUUCUUGGAUGUAAAAAUAUAUAUAAAUUACAAUUCUGAAAAUUGUAUGUUGAGAUACUUCUGUAUGCUGUGUGAUUUUUCUGUGAAAAUACUGGCUGACCACAUCUUCGAAUGAAACUACAAUAAAUAUGUUAUGAAAUA